AUGGCUAAAGUUAGCCCUACGCAAGGUAUGGUCGAGAAGAAACCUACGUUAAAGGUAUGUAAAUAAAACUUUUUUGAAAAAAGAGUUUGUUUCUUAAAAUCUUUUUUCAAAAUUAUUUAAAAAUUUUAGAACACAGCGCUAAAAGUAAAGCAUGCAAGAAGAAUCAGUGGGUUGAGUCAAGACUUACAGUAUAACAAAGCGUGUGAAGCUAUCGAAGUUCCUGAUAGUGAAAUUAAAAAAUUAAAGAAAGAGUCAAAAAUUAAGUGGUUAAUUAGAAUUUUGACAACAAAUCCGCCUGCUAAAGAAGGUAUACUUGAAAUUUUAUUUUUAAUUUUAAAGUCUUACGAUAAAAAAAUUAAGUUUUACGGUAAAAAUUUAAUUAUAACAAUGGUAAUUUUAUAGUUUUUGGUUUUUAAAACAACUUAGAUAAUGUAUUCUGUAUUAAUAUUGAUGUAACCUACAAUAUAAAUUGUUUACAGUACAAUUUCAGACAAAACCCUUAAGGAAAUGGCGGCGAAGAUGAAGCCGGUAGAAAAGGCUCGUGACUUUUGUCCUCUGCAUUGUUUUCAAAAAACUAAAGAACACUCAAUUCAUAACAAGUCAGUACCGGUUAAUAAAAAGAGUUAAAAACGUAGUAUAAGCCACCAGUGUUGUGUUUUAUACUACAGUACUACAAGUUUGAUUAAAAAAUUGUGUAACAGAACUUUUGGUGCACGCUGUUUUUAUCUUAUAUUAUAGUAAACUUCUGUUGUUAAAUAGUUGUAAACAAUCAAGUAAAAUCAAGUUUUUAGAGCUUAACAUCUCUACCAUAAUAUAUUACGGUAUUUUAAAAUUUAAAUCAAAAACAAUAUUUUACAGAGUCCGUCUACGCCAUCUAGAACUAGAACCCUUAUGUUGUCUUUCAUCAUGUGUGGUACGUGGUGGCUGUGCGGCAAUUAUUGUAGCUGAAAGCUUAUAUAUAGUAAUUACAACCGUAAUUGUACUAUUGAAACUAUACGACAAUGGUAAAAUGACGUUGUGGAGAGGUUUACAACCGUCGUUCUUUUCUUUAGUCACACAUCCAUGUGCUCUGUAUAUACAAUUGCUUUACAAUAUUGUAAGUAUCAAGCAAGUUAGCUUUACAUCUUACAAAGGAAGUGUCUCACCUCAUGUUAACACUAUUUAUUUACAAGAAUUUACACAUUACUUUUUAAAGAUGAGAAUACAGAGUAAACAAACGGUUGUAGAUAGCAUCAUGGAUGGUAUACAUCUUCUUUAAAGGUGUCAUACGUUUUGACCGACUAUACGUCAAAUUACAUUGGCAGUUCGACUUCUUUGCUCUUGGUUAUAAUUCGAUGACAUUUUUGGUAUUAGGUAAAGAAAGACUGAAAAGAAGUAAAAAAACUAUUCUAUUAUAAUUCACUUUGAUCUUCACUAGUAAUUUGUUACUUAUUACGCGCUUAUUUUAGUAUAUAAAUUAAUUAUUUUUAAAAAUUUAAAAAAAUGUAAGUAAUUCUGACAUGACGCUUUCUAGCCACACAAUAUUACAAUUCAACUGAACUAGACAACGUGUUGGUGGUGAGUGCAUUUUUACUCGUUUUAAUUUAAAAAUUAGAAUAUUUUACUAAAAAAAAUUUUUUUUUAAACUAUUUGACUGCAAAUAUAAAAUACCAUGUUUAGGUAGCAUGUAUGGGUCUCCAGAUACCAGUACAAAUUUGGGCAAUAGCAAUAGUAAAAGAAUGUUUUCAAUUCUUCAACUUGUUAUACGUUUUGAUAAUGAUUGCUGAACCUUAA